AUGGUUGAUCUUUUAAAACUAUUUGAAGAAAUUACAAGACACGUUUGUGGAUCAAAGUAUCCUACCUUAAAUCUUGUAUAUCCUUAUAUACGUAUUCUAAAAAAUAAGUUUGCGCUAAUAAGUGAAAAUGGAGAAUCAUUAGAAUCGUGGAUUGAUCUUAUUUAUGGUUUAGAAGAUCCAGAUACUAACGAUGAUUCAAGCCUUAGUAGUAAUAAUGAAGCCGAUAUACCAUCAGCAGGAAAUCGACAACAAUGGCAAUAUACACACCGAAGUGUACAUCGCCAGAAAAAAUAUUUGCCAGCCGUGAACUGUUCUGGGUUUUUAGAAAAAGCACGAGCUGUGAUUUUUCUAUCUCUUGAUGAGUUAUGGAACUUAUCUAAUGAAAUGGGCUUGAAGGCUUUACUUUUGGAUCCACAAGCAAUAAAGUUACUUUCAUUUGCCACCAUUCAAGAGCGAAAAGAAACUGAAGAUAAAAUCCGCGCAGAAUUAUUAUUACUAGAAAAUCAGCUAACCAUUUCAAAUAAUAAUGAAGAGGUGGAAGAAAAUUUAGUACCUACCAAUGAAGAUCCUCAAGAUUCCUUAAGCGCUGAACUAUGGGGAUUAUGUUCAAUGCCUAAUAAGGAUGUUACUGUAGAUGAAUUCACUCGUUAUAUGAAAGAACAAGGUAUGGUUAAUAAAUGUAGGAGGUAUAAAAACUAG